UAACGCCAAAACCCUUCCCCCAGUUCCUCCUUUCUACUCAUUCUCCUUCAGCCGAUAAAUUACAGCUGAACAGCACCAAAAUUGUCUAAGUAAAAGUGGAGCCAUGGCGCUGUAUUUAUUGUACGAGUCGGCGUCUGGUUACGGUCUGUUUCUAGCUAACGGUAUCGAUGAAAUUGGGCAGAACACUGAAGCUGUUCGUAACUCUAUCUCUGAUCUUAACCGUUUCGGUAAAGUGGUGCAGUUAACCGCCUUUGUUCCUUUUGAGUCUUCUUUAGAUGCGCUCACUCAGUGUAACUCGCUCACUGAAGGGCUCAUGACCGAUGAGUUGAGAAACUUCUUAGAGCUUAAUCUUCCAAAAGUCAAAGAGGGUAAGAAGGCAAAGUUCAGUUUAGGAGUAUCUGAGCCUAAGUUGGGAUCACAUAUUUUUGAAGUUACUAAAAUACCUUGCCAAAGCAAUGAAUUUGUUCUUGAGAUUAUUCGUGGUGUGCGUCUGCAUUUUGAAAGGUUCAUCAAGGACCUCAAGCCUGGUGAUCUGGAGAAAGCCCAACUUGGUCUGGGACACAGUUACAGCAGGGCAAAGGUCAAGUUCAAUGUCAACCGAGUUGAUAAUAUGGUUAUUCAAGCAAUCUUUCUUCUUGAUACUCUUGACAAGGACGUCAAUUCUUUCUCUAUGAGGGUCAGAGAAUGGUACUCUUGGCAUUUCCCCGAGUUGGUGAAGAUUGUCAAUGACAACUAUCUCUAUGCAAAACUUGCCAAAUUCAUAGAGGACAAGUCAAAGUUGUCUGAAGAGAAUGUUCCCGAGUUAACAGAAAUACUUGGAGAUGAAGAUAAGGCAAAAGAAGUUGUAGAAGCUGCCAAAGCAUCAAUGGGUCAGGAUUUGUCUCCAAUUGAUUUGAUUAAUGUCCAACAGUUUGCUCAGAGGGUAAUGGAUCUCGCUCAAUAUAGGAAGAAUCUGUAUGAUUAUCUGGUUACUAAAAUGAAUGACAUUGCACCCAAUUUGGCUUCCUUGAUUGGCGAAGUUGUUGGGGCUCGUUUGAUUUCUCAUGCUGGUAGUCUCACAAACCUUGCUAAAUGCCCUUCUUCUACACUACAAAUCCUCGGUGCAGAAAAGGCAUUGUUCAGGGCUUUGAAAACCCGAGGAAACACACCAAAAUAUGGUUUGAUCUUCCAUUCAUCCUUUAUUGGAAGAGCAUCUGCUCGCAACAAGGGACGUAUGGCUCGAUAUCUUGCAAACAAAUGUUCCAUGGCAUCUCGAAUUGAUUGUUUUGCUGACAGUGGCAGUACAAUUUUUGGAGAAAAGCUGAGAGAACAAGUUGAGGAACGACUGGAUUUCUAUGACAAGGGAGUUGCACCUCGUAAAAACAUUGAUGUGAUGAAAGCUGCAAUUGAAGGUGCUGCAGCUAAAGAUGAUGAUAUGGAAACAGAAGAAGCAACUCCUGCGCCUUCAGCAAAGAAAAGCAAGAAAAAGAAAGCUAGAUCAGAAGCUGCAGAGGAUGGUGAAGCAAUGGCCGAGGAUAAGUUGACAGUUACUACAAAUGGAGGAGAUGAUAUUGAGGAUGCUAAGUCGGAGAAAAAGAAGAAGAAAGAGAAGAGGAAAUUGGAGCAAGAGCAGACGGUGGAGAAGUCAAAUGGUACAAAGAAAAAGAAGAAGAGCAAAGACGAAGAAGUCGAGGAUGUGCAGCCCGCUAGUGAAAUCAAGAAGAAGAAAAAGAAGAAGUCGAAAACCGAAGACGACGAGUGAAACAUGACUCGAUGUAUCCGAGUUAGCUGCAGUAAAAACUGUUUUGCGGAGCAGAAUUUUGAUUGUAGAAGCUGUGUUUUUAUGUUAUAUGUUUAGUACGAUAUGAUGAAAAGGUUAGGGUAUCUUUUAAGAACUGUAAAAUGUUGCCGACUGUUUAAUUUAUUCUCCGAUUGCUAUAAAUUAUUGUUGGAAGCAUUCCUAGCAAA